CGCGAGGCUCCCGCGUCUUGCCUUCUUGCCGUUCCCCAUCCUCAUAUCACUGCGGCUUCUUCAAAAACCCACCCGCGCUGGCUUGAAAGUCUACUUCCUUAGGUUUCAGGACCCAUUGGCAGCUCAGGAUGUCAAUUACCACCAUUGAACCGACUGCCACCACUUCCGCUACCGAACCUCGGCUGCUUUACCCUCCAGGAGGCCGCAAGGACAUCGAGUCUUCCCCGCAAGCUUCCGUGCAUUCGCAUGAAGACCCAUACCAGUUCAGGGGUGGACUCAAAUCCGAUCACGAACUUUCGGAGCUCCGCCAGCGCCAUGGUGGCAGGACUGGAAAACGCAUCGAAGGUUUUCAUCGCAAGCAGAAUGCUCUGAUAGAGUCGCUGCUAAAGCCCAUGGCUCAGCACACCUCGGAAGCCGAAGACGACGAGGAGAGUGCUCGCUUGCCUGUGAAGAUUGCUAUCUAUGCCAGUCUCGUGGCCAACUUUGCCUUAUGCGUUCUCCAGUUAUAUGCAGCUGUCUCGGCCAUCUCUCUGUCUCUCAUCGCUACUUCCAUUGACGCUGUAUUUGACUUCGGGAGUAACGUGUGGCUCUACCUCAUUCACAAACAAGCCGAACGCAUGGACGUCAACAAGUGGCCCGUCGGUGGUGCUCGUCUCGAAACUAUUGGUAACAUCGUCUAUGGCUCUCUGAUGUCUGCGGUCAACUUGGUCGUCGUCGUGGAGUCCGUGAGAUCGAUUAUUUCCAAAGACGAGGACAAGGAGUUCCACUUGGCGUCCAUCCUCGCGGUCGCAGUUGCCCUAGCCGUCAAAGGCGGACUGUUUGCAUACUGCACUGCGAUCCGGAAGAAGUCCAGUCAGGUGCACAUUCUUUGGGAGGAUCACAGGAACGAUGUGUUCGUAAACGGUUUUGGUCUUCUUAUGUCUGCAGGUGGAAGUAGGCUUAUGUGGUGGCUCGACCCGGUUGGCGCUAUUGUCAUUGGCUUGGGCGUCAUUGUUGCUUGGCUCAAGACUAUUUACGAGCAAUUCGAGCUUCUCGCUGGCAAGUCGGCGCCCUACGACUUCUUGCAGCUUAUCAUCUAUAAGGCAAUGACGUUUAGCGAGGACAUUCAGCAGAUUGAUACUGUGCGAGCAUACCAUAGCGGACCUAACUACUUUGUAGAGGUUGACAUUGUCAUGGACGCUUCAACGCCUUUAUGGAAGGCACACGAUAUCAGCCAGCAGCUCCAGGACAAAAUUGAAAUUCUGCCAAACGUCGAGCGGGCGUUUGUGCAUGUUGAUCAUGAGACCACGCAUGCACCUGAACACCGGAAAAACCUGUAGCUGGCAGGCAAUCGCUGACAUGCAAAGGAGAAUGCCGAACACGAUCAACACACGGUCGAACCGUCCACUUUGGAAGCUCAGAGUUUCAUGGAUCAUUAUGCGUUAAGAACAAGCUUGAUACCAGGAUAUGUGUUUGGUCAUGCAUUGUGGUGACGAUUGGUCUAUGUCAGUAGAUGUGCCGUUUGAAGAAGAUUUAGAUUAGUUCGGUCCGAUGACCCCAAUGUGCUCGAUAUCGACUCGUGUUCUUUUUUGAUCGUAGCGAUUUGGACGUUUACUUGUGAAUAAGAACUUGUUGGAAAUUCAAAAGCC